GGGAGGGCAGCGCCGGGGGCGCGGGGGAGGGCAGCGCCGGGGGCGCGGGGGAUGGGUGCCUAGGUAGGUAGGAAGGAAGCGAGCGAGCGGCGAGCGAGAAGAGUCGGCGGGGGGCUCCCGCCGCUCCGGCCGCGUCCCCCGGCCCGUCCGCAGGGUCCUUUCCCUCCGCCGCUCACCGUCGCGCCAGGAUCGCCCCUCUCCCUCCCUCGCCGCGCCGGCACCCGCGGGCCGUGCCCUCCCUCCCCGCGCCCCAGGCGGCCGUCCCCAUCGAGCUCCCCCCUCGCCGCCUGCGGGCUGCGCGCCCCCUCCAGCCGCCGCGGGGCCCGGGCCCGCGGGGCGCCGCCGGGAUGAGCAGCUCUCGGAACAACCGGGUGAUGGUGGAGGGAGUCGGGGCCCGGGUGGUCCGGGGCCCGGACUGGAAGUGGGGGAAGCAGGAUGGCGGCGAGGGCCAUGUGGGCACCGUCCGCAGCUUCGAAAGCCCCGAGGAGGUGGUCGUGGUGUGGGACAACGGCACCGCCGCCAACUACCGCUGCUCCGGGGCCUACGACCUCCGCAUCCUCGACAGCGCGCCCACCGGUAUCAAGCAUGAUGGGACUAUGUGUGAUACUUGUCGACAACAACCCAUCAUUGGCAUCCGAUGGAAAUGUGCUGAAUGCACAAAUUAUGAUUUGUGCACAGUUUGCUAUCAUGGGGACAAACAUCACUUGAGGCAUCGUUUUUAUAGAAUUACCACACCAGGAAGCGAGAGGGUAUUGUUGGAGUCUCGCCGUAAAUCAAAGAAAAUUACAGCAAGAGGAAUCUUUGCAGGUGCCAGGGUGGUGCGAGGAGUUGACUGGCAAUGGGAAGAUCAAGAUGGUGGAAAUGGGCGUAGAGGAAAGGUAACUGAAAUCCAAGAUUGGAGUGCGUCAAGUCCACAUAGCGCAGCAUAUGUUCUUUGGGACAAUGGUGCUAAAAACCUUUACAGAGUUGGCUUUGAGGGCAUGUCUGACCUGAAAUGUGUCCAAGAUGCAAAAGGAGGCUCUUUCUACAGGGAUCAUUGUCCUGUGUUAGGUGAGCAAAACGGUAAUAGAAACCCUGGUGGUCUGCAAAUAGGUGACCUUGUAAACAUUGACCUUGAUUUGGAAAUAGUACAGUCUUUGCAGCAUGGUCACGGAGGAUGGACCGAUGGCAUGUUUGAAACUUUAACAACAACUGGAACAGUUUGUGGCAUCGAUGAGGAUCAUGACAUUGUAGUACAGUAUCCAAGUGGCAACAGAUGGACGUUUAAUCCAGCUGUUCUCACCAAAGCCAAUGUUGUCCGAAGUGGAGAUGCUGCUCAAGGUGCAGAAGGGGGUACCUCUCAGUUUCAAGUUGGUGACCUUGUUCAAGUAUGUUAUGAUUUAGAGCGAAUCAAGCUUCUUCAGAGAGGUCAUGGAGAGUGGGCUGAAGCAAUGCUUCCAACUUUAGGUAAAGUUGGUCGGGUCCAGCAGAUCUAUUCAGACAGUGACUUAAAGGUAGAGGUUUGCGGGACAUCUUGGACAUAUAAUCCAGCAGCUGUCUCGAAGGUGGCAUCAGCAGGAUCUGCUAUAAGUAAUGCAUCUGGUGAGAGAUUGUCUCAGCUAUUGAAGAAAUUAUUUGAAACCCAAGAAUCUGGAGAUCUUAAUGAAGAAUUGGUUAAAGCUGCUGCCAACGGAGAUGUUGCUAAAGUGGAAGACUUGCUAAAGAGACCAGAUGUAGAUGUGAAUGGACAGUGUGCUGGACACACAGCUAUGCAAGCCGCUAGUCAGAAUGGCCAUGUUGACAUUUUGAAGUUGCUUCUGAAACAGAAUGUGGAUGUAGAAGCAGAGGACAAAGAUGGAGACAGGGCCGUCCACCAUGCAGCCUUUGGCGAUGAGGGUGCUGUGAUAGAGGUUUUGCACCGAGGCAGUGCAGAUUUGAAUGCUCGCAACAAACGCAGGCAGACUCCACUUCAUAUUGCUGUCAACAAAGGUCAUCUGCAAGUUGUGAAGACUUUACUGGACUUUGGCUGCCAUCCUAGUCUCCAGGAUUCUGAAGGUGACACUCCACUUCAUGAUGCAAUAAGUAAAAAACGUGAUGACAUCCUUGCUGUAUUGUUAGAAGCUGGAGCAGAUGUUACUAUCACCAACAACAAUGGGUUUAAUGCUCUUCACCAUGCUGCACUAAGAGGAAACCCUAGUGCAAUGCGUGUAUUGUUGUCCAAGUUACCACGACCAUGGAUUGUUGACGAGAAGAAGGAUGAUGGUUAUACUGCCUUGCAUCUGGCAGCUCUCAAUAAUCAUGUGGAAGUGGCUGAACUUUUGGUGCAUCAGGGCAAUGCUAAUCUGGAUAUCCAGAAUGUUAACCAGCAAACUGCUCUGCACCUUGCCGUUGAACGACAGCAUACACAAAUUGUUAGGCUCUUAGUUCGUGCAGGUGCUAAGCUGGAUAUUCAGGAUAAAGAUGGGGAUACUCCCCUGCAUGAAGCCCUGAGACACCACACCUUGUCACAGCUCCGCCAACUCCAAGACAUGCAAGAUGUGGGCAAGGUAGAUACUGCUUGGGAGCCAUCAAAGAACACAUUAAUAAUGGGACUUGGCACUCAGGGAGCAGAGAAGAAGAGUGCAGCAUCUAUUGCCUGCUUCCUGGCAGCCAACGGAGCUGACCUCAGCAUUCGUAAUAAGAAGGGUCAGUCACCUCUUGAUCUCUGCCCUGAUCCUAGUCUCUGCAAAGCACUGGCUAAAUGUCACAAAGAAAAAGUCAGUGGUCAGGUUGGUUCCCGAAGUCCAUCUAUGAUCAACAAUGAUUCUGAAACCUUAGAAGAAUGUAUGGUGUGUUCAGACAUGAAGAGGGAUACUCUGUUUGGCCCAUGUGGACACAUUGCCACGUGUUCCCUGUGCUCACCACGGGUGAAAAAAUGCCUCAUCUGUAAAGAACAAGUUCAGUCUAGGACAAAGAUUGAAGAAUGUGUAGUAUGUUCAGACAAAAAGGCAGCAGUGCUUUUCCAGCCUUGUGGCCAUAUGUGUGCCUGUGAGAACUGUGCAAGCUUAAUGAAGAAAUGUGUACAGUGUCGGGCAGUGGUUGAGCGAAGAGUGCCUUUCAUAAUGUGCUGCGGAGGGAAAGGUACAGAAGAUACCACUGAUGAUAUUUCAAGUGGAAACAUUCCAGUUUUGCAGAAAGACAAAGACAACACCAAUGUCAAUGCAGAUGUACAGAAGCUGCAGCAACAGUUACAAGACAUCAAGGAACAGACUAUGUGUCCUGUCUGUUUGGAUCGUCUGAAGAACAUGAUCUUUCUUUGUGGCCAUGGAACAUGUCAACUCUGUGGAGACCGAAUGAGUGAAUGCCCUAUAUGCCGCAAGGCAAUUGAACGAAGAAUCCUUUUGUAUUAAGUAGUAGAACCAGUGUAUUUUAUUAGCUUAUGAAAUAGUAAGGACAUUUUGAUGAUUUAAAUCUCCAUGAGUUUGAAAGGCAGUAAAGGGUUCUAGUGAAAACAUUUCUAAUACUGUAGGACAGGUUCAUUACAUAGUAAUUGUUUAAAGACUGUGAACGCACCAAAUAAGAGAACACUAUGUGAGCAGUCAGCUUUUAGCUUUACUCUUAAACAUCUAAGCCUGAAGCUAAUGUAAAGCAGUUGUUUGGUUUGGGUUUUGGUUUGUUUGUUUUUUUUUUUUUUCAUUUUAUUUCUGUCUUCUUCCCCUUAAAGCUUAAAGGGACAAUCUUGUUUUGGUUUCGUUCAUGUUUUUUAAUGUAUUUAUCAGGUGUCAAGUGAUGUAAGGGGCUUUUUUAUAUUGUCACUUCAUAUCAUAUAUAAGCAUUUAGGAUUUUGGGGGGUUUAUGCUUUUCUGGAGAAUGUUGAAAUUUCCUGUGACAGUUUUGAUUCACAAUAAUUUCUGUCUUGAAAUAUAUGAUAAUGCAAAAUCAAUACAAAGUGUAUACGCAGUAGUAAUAAAUAUACUAUUCCCAUAAGAUCAGACCUCAAAAUACAAUACUAAUGUAAUUCUAACUUUAUCACACGCUUUGUUGCUGAGGAUGGGUUGGAAAAGGAACAGUAAAAAGAAAAAUCUAGGUUAGAAAUAGUAUGUUCCCAAAACUGCACUUUAGUCUAACAGGUUCAAGCCAAUUUAAAUAGUGAAUUUCUUCAUUCUGCUAGCCACAUAAUUUUGUAUGCAAUUGCUUUUAACUUGACUGGAAAGGAAAACAUUCAAGCAAUGGGUCAGUUACCCAUUUCAGACGAGUGAAUUUGAUCAGUUGUAGAACAACAUGCAUAUGUAUGUGGGCCAUUUAUAAAAAUUCUGGGUAUAUGGAUUAGUAAAAACUAGAGAUUUUGCAAGAUUUCCUCUCUUAAAUUAGUUUUACUGUCUCCAGGCACAGUGUCAACAGCAGAAGAGAUCAUUUAAUAUUGCUUAUUCAUCUAAGUUGGGUGUUAACACCAGCGUUUAUCUGUGAACAUUACUGGGUAAUAUGGCAAAUGAAGAUAUUGCUGACAGAGCAGUGAACUUUGUGAGCCAUGCCUAGGUGAGUUGAAGCUGGCUGAAGGAGUUAGCUAUCACUGAUGCGACAAAGAGGUGUUCCUGACCCCGAAAAUGCUACUGUCAGGAACUGCAAACUGUUAAGAUUUUGGUAACAAGUACAUCCUUCCAUCUUUUUGGAUGGAAGAAAUUAUGCUGAUACAGGGAUCUCCUGUAGCUAAAAGGAAUGUGUGCUUACUCCUAAGUGAUUUGGCAGUUUUCUGAGUACAUAGUCUAUGUAGCCCUUUGCCAUUGUACAGAGUUCAUUUGGAUACGCUCUUUCAAAACAAUAAAGAAAUCCAUGCUGGAGUCACUUAGGUGCCUUACUUGCAGCUAAGAUUAAUUUCUCAGUUCUCGUCGUGUAUGUCAAAAAUGUGGAAAAGGAUAGUUCAGGAGAAGAUCCAAGUAAGGAUAAAGAUGUAAAAUUGUGAUCACUUCAGAUAAAGCGUUCUCAGUCUUUUGAAGCUUACGUUGAUAUAUCUGAAUUGUGCAAACCUUGGCAGAAGUCUCAGAAGAAUGUUAAUAGUAAACUGUGAAGACAGGUGAACUUUUAACCAGUAAGGUUUAAACACUGAAUAGUAUUUUCCUGGAAACAACUAUAGUGUUCUAUUUGAAAAACGUAUGUAGAGUGGCUUUUAACAUAGCAAAGUGAUGUCACACACAGCUUUUCUGUAGCCAUCUGUAAUCCUGCUCCAGAAUUGCAAAUGUUCAUCAUUCUUUACUGGACACAAUCUCAAUCUAGAGUCAAUAUAGUAGUCUGUUUUAUUUUGUAUACUAGUAGUCAUCUGUUCUCAGAUAAUCUGUGUAUCUGUCUUCACCAACUGAAAUAGCCCUCCCUUUUCUUCUUUACUGGGCCUCUAUUCUAAAAUAUCAAAAUUUCAAGGAGCUCUGGAAAGUUGUUGAUAUAAGGCUUUUUUUUCAGUUCAGCAUUUCACUAUCUCCACUUAAGCUCUGAGUGCACCUGAGUGCUCAUUGCAAUUUUAAUUUGGCCAAUAUGCAUGUCACUAUUUAUUUUUUUUUCCCUGUAGCAUGUUUGGCAGCUGAACUUUCUACAGGAGGCUUCAGUUCCCUGUGAGUCCUCCUCUAAAAAUAAUUUGACAAUGCAUUCUGAGUUUUAGCCUGUAAUGUUUCAGAUUUGUACCUUGGUUUCCUCUGGCUCUGGUAGACAUAUUUUGAAAAUUGUGUCCUGUUUAUUCUUCAAGGGGACCUCUAUAAACUAUUGUCAGCACAAAGGCAGGGUAGAUAUCUUCUUGAUAAUGCAGCUCAAAACUGAAACUUUGGUAUAGCAGUUGGCAUUUUCCUAAUUCUUUUUCACUGGAACAAGCCAGAAGUACUUGAAAGUAUUUCAACUUAGCAUCAGUUGAAUAAUUCAGCUUAUUAACAGGUGAAAGAGCUGUAUCUUGUAUUGGGAAGGCUACCCAGUGCUUGCCUUUCAAAAAACUUAAUGAGGAAAAAUGUUUGCAAAUCCAUUACCAUGUAUGGAAAUAGAUAUUUAGAUUCACACACUAUUUUGGGAUUCUGAUGUAGAAGGUGCACUAGUGUUGUUGAGGUAGCUAGUAAGUUCAUUCAUUCAAUUUAGUCUGGUAUAAUGUGUGAUGUGCAAAGAGCGUGAAUGUUUAAUUGGAUAACACUUAAAUAAUUGAAGAACGAAAAACAGAAGCUCAGUUGGCAGCCAAAGGGGAUCAUAAAAAGUAGGAGAGUUGAGGAUAUGCCAUUGUGCCUCUGUCUUCAGCAAAAGAUGGAAGUGUAAAUCUCAUUAUUGCCACUAUUACUAGGGAACAAAGUGAAAAUUAGGGAAGGUGUUUAUCUCUAAUAUAAUGUAAAAUCAUAAAAUGUAAGAGUUGCCAGCUUUGUUUAUUGUGAUUAUCCUCCAAUAUUUAAUAGCAGUUUUGAAAUUAAAUUGAAUGAAAUAUCUCUGUCUGCUUCUUGAAACAGUCAGGAAGGCACCUAAUAAUAUAUAUUGUUCGAGUGUGAUGUAUGCUCAGAUGUUUAAGUAAAAUACUUUUGUUUUUUUUCCUUUUAGUAAAAUACAUAAACAUUCACAUCAGUACACAGUGAUUUAAAGUAUAAAGACAACCUAAGAGGCUAACGGAAUAUGCUAAAUAGUUGUAGCUUCUCGACUUCUGUAUAACUAUGUUUUGACUUUUUUCCCCAAACCUCCUGUCUGUCACUUACUAUACCCCAAGCUCGUAUGGCACUUCUCAAAAUUUGGGCUAUUACUACCUACUUUCUAUUUGUUGAAAUAUUGUGUACUUAUCUGUUGGGGAUUGGAGGAAUCCUUUUUUGCUGAAGUGGAUACUGAAAAUUACACUGACAAGACAGUAAACAAGUUACUUUGUAAAUGGGGAAGUUUGAUUAGGACGUGUUGCUCUUAACUUGGACUGGGUGAGGAUAUAGCAUAUUUGCACAAGUACUUGUGCCUUGUUAGCAUAGUCUUACAAUCCAUAUCUUAGCUUCUUCUAAAGACGUGAAAUGGUCUUUUAAAAAUAAUCUGAUUUAAGUAGUUAUUGUGUAGAUAUUUUCUAGAGAUGAAGGUUUAUGUAUGCCUCGUUGUUUUUAGCAGUAUUAAUUGCAGUUUGUGUAAACACUAAAUUGUUUGAAGAAGCUGCUUUGAGCUAGUGGUCUAAGCUUCCUCUACAAAAUUAAAUGUCAGAAACUUAAUUUUACUCUUCCAGUAGCAGCUGGCAAACUGAAGAGCCUGUCCUGUUCUUUGUGCUGCAUGGGUCAAGUUUUUGCUUAAAAAAACCCAACAACACUACAACCUAACUUUUAGUAGUGCUACCUCCUUUCUGUCAAAGUACCAAAUUCUUUAGUUGUUUUUUGUCUUUGGGAAGAGAUGGGGAACACAAAAGUUUUGUUUCGCUUCAUGAGUUUUGAUGUCUGAAUACAUUGCGAAGGUGGGUUUUUUUGUUUUUUUUUUUUUAGUGACUGUAUAAAUUACAUACAAUCAAAGUGUGUGAUGUCCCACAAUGUACAUUGUGUAUCAUCCCUGCAUAAGUUGCUGGAAUUCGAAAUACUGUCUUUUUAUGCAUUUCAUAACUUGUUUGUGUUGACAAAGCAAAACUGUUCUCUCCAGAAGUUUGGGUAUGUGCCAUUUUUUAUAGGUAAGCCUGUGGUAAAUAUGAAAGUUCUGACUCAGGGCUUUUUAACAACUUAAACACGUUCACAGUCUUCUUCAGCACACCUUGGAGAAUAUUAGAGAUUUAAUGACUGUACAGUGCCUUGAUAGAACUAUUGAAUGGGCAGCAGCCAUAAGAGUCCUUACAGAAUGCAAGUAUCUUGAAUCCAGUUAAUGAGUUGAUGUUAAUAUAAUUGUAAUACCCUUUCCAUGGAUUUAUAAGCUUGUAUAUACUUUCUGUAAAGGAAAAUCAGCAAAUUUAGGUGGUGGUAAGCUUUGUGAAAGUUGUUUGAUUGUUGCACCAGUCACUGGUGUCUGAAGGGCAUAGUAUUCAAAUAUACAGAAGCAGCAUUUGUGGCACAGAUGGCUGAUAAAAUGUUCUGUAUGUGACAUUUUUACUCCGGCCCUGUAAGUGUUUUAUAAGAGAGAGAGAAAUAAUCUGCAACAAAUCUGUAUGUUUCCAUGCCAUUUCAUAGUUACAAAACCUUUAAGUCUCAUUUUGAGCUUCUAGGAAAUAUUUCGUCCCAAGCUUACUGUCUUUAUGAAUGCAAACUAUUCAUAUUAGAAAACAGGUUUUACCGAACCACAGGAACAUUUUUACUUUUGUUAAAACCAACUUUGUAUUUUCAGUAAAUUGUAGAUUUUGACAUGAUUGUUUAUUGGAGAAAUUUAAGGUUGUCUGUGUGAAUGUAGUGGAUUUCUGUAUGCAGAUAGCACUAUAUAAUUGCUUUAAUUAAAACUGCUUAGCGAGGUCUAAGCUUUUCGAAGGAAAUGCUAAUGUACUGUAUGGUUAAUAAAACUUAUUAUAUAAGAUGUAA